UGCAGCAACGUCGAACGAACGAAAACGGUGCGACAUUCCAUCAGUGUAGUUGUUCGUUCACAAAACCGGACCAUAGCGGAGUAAAAGCGGUUCGAGAAGCAGUCGCCAUGUCUGAGGCUCGGCAGCGGGUCAUCGAGACCAACCGGUCUCUUCGUUUGAUCAAGAAGGAACUCGAAUCCCUCCUCGAAAAGGGCGUCAUAAGCGAUUCCGCCUUCGACUCGAUCAACGCCCUCCUCCCGGCCGAGUCCCCCCUCUCGGGCCCGGGACCCCGAAGCAACAACCCGACCCCGGCGCCGCCCGCCGACUCCCCGGCAUCGACGGCGGCGCCGCCCUCGUACGCUCAGUCCACCGCCUCCCCGCCAUCCCUCCCCGCGCGCAACAACUCUGCCGCGCCGCCGCAGAAGCAGCAGCAGCAGCAGCAGCAACCGCCGCCACCGCCACCGCAGCCCGAGAAGCCCGUGCUGGUCUACGCCCGGGCGCUCUACCGCUACACGGCCGGCGACGCGCGCGACUGCUCCUUCGAGCGCGAUGACCGCCUCGCCGUGCACGAGUACAUGAACGCCGACUGGUGGCUCGGCAAGAACCUGCGGACCGGCCAGGAGGGCAUCUUCCCGCGCAACUACGUCGUCGUCGUCGAGGAGGCCCACCAGAAGGCCGCCGCCCAGCCGCCACCCGCGCCGGUCGCGUCGUCGUACCAGCAGCCGCAGUACGCCGCGCCCGCCUCCGCCUCCGGGUAUCCCGUCUCGCCCGUCCCCGUGCACGGGUACUCGGCCGCGCCGCCGCCGGGGCAGCAGCAGCAGGGGGAGGAGAGCGGCGGGGGGAGCAAGCUGGGCGAGCACGGCAAGAAGUUUGGCAAGAAGCUGGGGAACGCGGCCAUCUUUGGUGCGGGCGCGACCAUCGGCAGCAAUAUCGUGAACUCGAUCUUUUAAAAGGAGGGGGGGGUUCUCUUUGUUCUUUGUGUCUUGUUGUUUCUGUUCUGGUUGUUGUACGGAUAGGAAAGGCCUGUUCGAAAUCAUUCGGGGGGUUUUGGAAAGCUUGGUCGAGGAUUUGAGGGUUUUUUUUACGUUGGCUGGAAUAGGAGGUCCUCGUCGUUUUUUUGGGGGGGUGUGUAGUAGCAAGCUCUCCUUUAACGCUUGAUGCCGCACAGCGUGCUUGUCACCGGCUUCUUCUUCUUCUUCUCGAGCAGUCGGUUUCAGAGCCGCAUCCUGUAACACGCACUCCGCAGCCGCACGCCUCACUACACUCGGAAUGUUUUGUUGUCUUUGCUAUCGGAGUCAUGGUUCAAAACACGCUAGGUCGUCCGCAGUACAUAUACUACAU